AUGGCUUUUACGCGCUCCGUAUUGUUCGCGGCCUUGAUCGGCCUCACGGCUGGUCAGUAUGAAGGAUGGGAGCCCGGACAACUGAGUGCAAGCAUGUGCUACUGGGAAGCACCUAGAGCUGCCGUUAUUCGCGACACGCUCUGGAUUGAUGGCGGAGACUUGGCCUGGACGCAGCAGCUGCCAAAUGAAAAUCAGGUUUCUUCAUUGAACAACCCGUUCGGGCUUAUGCUUUCGUUCAACUUCAGCAACCCAUUCGAUCUAGACACUAACCUCACUAAACUGAUUCAAACUACAUCAAAGGCGCCCGGUGGAUCCGGCCCCGUCGGUAGUUACUCCCCUAACAGGAUUGAUGGGGCUCUUCUCCAUAACGAUGCAGAGUUCUACCUGUAUGGGGGUAAUCUUCAGAGAAGGACAGAUGCUUCAGAGGCGCCAGACGAUUCCAAGGUUGUUCUAUGGCGUCUCUACGACUAUGGCCCAGAGAAGCCGCUGUUCAGGAACGGCAGCGACCAGCAGACCUUUCCCGACGGCGUCUCGCCGUUGGUGACCUACGGAGCAGGAGUCAGCGCUCCAUCCGAAAACAAGGCGUGGUACAUCGGCGGCAUGCGUUCACCUGUCUGGGGUGAAAUCUACCGGACCACCAGCAACAAGUCCAACGUCGCCAACACGACGUCAAGCUCUCUCAUCACCCUCGAUAUGUCAACACAGCUAUCCGAGACGUUCUCCAAUAAAACUUUGGAAGAUUUCAAGCCAAGGGCAAAUCCAUCAGCAGUUUGGGUUCCCGUUGGAAAGCAAGGUAUUCUGGUCGUUGCGGAAGAAAGUCCCGAAUUCACACAAAAGAUUGAUAUUUACGACAUUGCUACGGACAAGUGGUAUCAACAAGAGACUACAGGCGGACCUGGCGCUGUCACCCGAGGAUGCGCCGUACUUGCCACGGCAGCCGAUCGCUCCAGCUUCAACUUGUACUACUAUGGCGGCUACCCUGGCAUUAGCCUCAGUGAGGGCUUCAGCGACGCCGUGUGGGUUCUGUCCAUGCCGUCGUUUCAGUGGAUCAAGCUUGAUGAUGGCAACGAGCUCCACGCCCGCGCCGGCCACCAAUGCGUGAUGCCCUACCCGGAUCAGAUGUUGGUCAUCGGGGGAUACCCACAAACAUCAGGUGCUGGUAACAGACCCUGCCUCCAAAACUUCUUCCAUGUCUUCAACGUCUCGAGUGGAAAGUGGCAGGAUAGUUACAGUCCCAGCAAGUGGUCCAACUACACUGUUCCUACAGACGUUCAGAGCAAGAUCGGCGGUAAUGCGCAGGGCUCGGCAACAGCCACGACCCCGGUACCGUCAGGCUGGGCUGAUCCGAGUCUCUCAGCUGUCUUCGCCGCCGAGUACACCACAAAGAUCAACACAUGGUAUCCCUACACCGAGGCGAAAGAAACUGACCGUCCGAUCGUUGACGACCCAGGCAAUGGUAACAACAGCGGCGGUGGUGGCGGCACUCCGAAAUGGGUCGCACCCGUUCUAGGAGUUGUCUUAGGUCUAGUCUUUAUCACUGGCAUCUUGGUCGGCUUCUGCCUUUGGCGUCGUCGCAAGGUCCUCAGGCAGGGCAAUGGGACUGCGACCGCCACCGACGACAACGGAUCACGCAUCAUCUCCUGGAUUAGAGGCCAGCCCAGUGAGCCGGCCAAGGCUCCGACUGUUACGACCGAAGAGACCCCGUCUACUCUGGAUAUGGCAGAGGUCCGCACACCGCCUCCUGCCCCUGCAGCUUCUCCGGCGCCGGUUGUGGCCCACGAGAUGGCCGAUGACCACAUUGCUGAACUUCCUGAUACCUCCCCACGCGCAGAGCUUCAUGGCGUAGGCCUCACCCCAGUCGAAAUCAUCAACAAACACACCCACUUCGGCACGGGCAACGGCUCCAACCCCGGCACAACACACCAGUCAUCCUACUACGCCUCCGUAUCCAGCAACGAGAACGCGUCCUCCCUCUCGCGGUCUUCAGGAGUUCUGGGUUUCCAGACCAGGGCCCAGUCUCCCGAACCUGGUCCGCCUUCCCCGCCUGUCUCCCACUCCACCCCAGCCGGUCGCCACGACUCCGAUGUCUCGGGUCUCAGCGACAACGAGACCCGGCACCUGAGGCACAUCAGCCAGGCGACGGUCAGCUCGGCAUCAUCUGGCGGCGAGCAAGAGGUUUCCGGCGCGCAGCAGGGUGCUCGUGGAGUCCCCGCGACGGUACCGGAGACGCCUACACCUGGUAUUCCUGAGACACCGACACCGGGACACCCGAGCCCUCUUAGUCCGCCAACAGGGGCUUCCGAUGGCGAGGAUUACAUCUCGGCGAGGAUGUUGCCGGUCAGUCCCGCUGGAACGGGCACGCUAAGGAGGAGUAUGUUCCAUGAGAGUGAGGAUGAUCUUGGGUCUAAGAAGUAA